AUGACUCUCUACAUCAACUUCAUGAUCCGCAAUGGGUCAAGGAUGAUCUCGCCAUUAUUCAAUGGAUCUACAUGCGAGUCUCCACAGAGAUCUUCAAUCGUCCACUGUGACGGUGCCUUUGCCGCCGAUCUAUGGGCGGCCCUUCGUCAGCUCUUCCAGGACAACGUCGACGCUCGCGCCAACAAUCUCCACACCAAGCUUCGAAAUACGGUGCAAGGUGAUUCACCAGUCGGCGUCUACUGCCAACGCCUCAAGGCGAUCACGGAUGAACUCCGCGAACUUGGUGAUCCGAUCGACGAUCGCCAACUCAUCAACGUCCUCCUCGUCGGCCUCAUCGAGCGGUUCGAGAAGCAGGCCUCCUUCAUCCCUAUGAUGCGUCCGCUUCCCUCCUUCGCCGAGGUUACGGUCUCCCGCUCGUCUGCUGAAGCUGAGUACCGCGCUGUGGCUCAUGCGGUUGCUGAAACGGUUUGGUUGCGCCAGUUGCUGUCGGAGCUGCACCGUCCUAUUGAGCAAGCUACCAUUGUUUAG